AUGACUGUAUCUGCCAGUAUAGCUGUUGGAUCUCAAGUGUGGGUAGAAGAUCCUGAGGUAGCUUGGACAGAUGGGGAAGUUGUGGAAGUUAAUGGUGACGAGAUCAAAGUAUUUACAUCAUCGGAAAAGAUAAACAUUGCUGAUUUAGCGAAUAUCCACCCGAAAGAUCCUGAUGCUCCCCCUUGUGGUGUGGAUGAUAUGACAAAGCUUGCCUAUUUGCAUGAGCCAGGCGUUCUGUACAAUCUGAGAUGUAGAUAUGAUGUGAAUGAGAUAUAUACCUAUACUGGUAACAUCUUGAUAGCAGUGAACCCUUUCCAAAGGCUUCCACAUCUAUACAAUAAUCAGAUAAUGGAAAAAUACAAAGGAGUGGCGCUUGGGGAGCUUGGCCCACACCCUUUUGCCAUUGCGGAUGCUGCUUACAGGCAGAUGGUUAACGAGGGUAUAAGUCAGGCAAUUUUGGUUAGUGGGGAGAGUGGGGCCGGUAAAACUGAAAGCACUAAGAUGCUUAUGCAGUAUUUUGCGUAUAUGGGAGGUAGAGUUGCUGCCGAGGGACGGACUGUGGAGCAGCAAGUACUUGAGUCAAAUCCUGUUCUGGAAGCGUUUGGCAAUGCAAAGACAGUGAGAAACAACAAUUCCAGUCGCUUUGGAAAAUUUGUUGAGAUACAGUUUAAUAACAAAGGUAGGAUUUCUGGUGCUGCAAUCAGAACCUAUUUGCUGGAAAGAUCACGAGUUUGCCAAGUUUCUGAUCCUGAAAGAAACUAUCACUGCUUUUAUAUGCUUUGUGCUGCUCCACCAGAGGAUGUUGAAAAAUACAAACUGGGGAAUCCUAGAACGUUUCAUUAUUUAAACCAGUCUAACUGCUACGAACUGGAUGGAGUUGAUGAGUGUAAAGAAUAUCUUUCCACUAGGAGGGCCAUGGAUGUUGUUGGAAUCAGUUCUGAUGAGCAGGAUGCAAUUUUUCGAGUUGUGGCUGCAAUUCUGCACUUGGGUAAUAUUGAGUUUGCUAAGGUAAGUGAAAGUGAUGCUUCACAACCCAAGGAUGAUCAAUCUCGAUUCCAUCUGAAGACAGCAGCUGAUCUUCUAAUGUGUGAUGAGGAAUCACUUGAGGACUCCUUGUGCAAACGUGUGAUGAUUACUCGUGAUGAGACCAUAACAAGAAACCUUGAUCCAAGUGCUGCUGCACUCAGUAGAGAUGCUUUGGCCAAAAUUGUUUAUUCGAGAUUGUUUGAUUGGCUUGUGAACAAGAUCAACCAUUCUAUUGGGCAAGAUCCAGAUUCAAAAUUCUUAAUAGGGGUGCUGGAUAUUUAUGGCUUUGAGAGUUUCAAGACAAACAGCUUUGAGCAGUUCUGUAUAAACUUAACUAAUGAGAAACUGCAGCAACAUUUCAAUCAGCAUGUUUUCAAGAUGGAGCAAGAAGAGUAUACGAAAGAAGAAAUUGAUUGGAGUUACAUAGAGUUUGUUGACAAUCAAGACAUACUUGAUCUAAUUGAAAAGAAACCAGGUGGCAUUAUCGCUCUUCUUGACGAGGCUUGCAUGUUUCCAAGAUCUACCAAUGAGACAUUUGCAGAGAAGCUGUACCAGACAUUCAAAGACCACAAACGUUUUCUGAAGCCAAAGUUGUCACGAACUGACUUCACCAUUUGCCAUUAUGCUGGAGAUGUCACUUACCAGACAGAACUGUUUUUGGAUAAGAACAAGGACUAUGUUGUUGCUGAGCAUCAGGCUCUCCUCAGUGCUUCAAAUUGCGCGUUUGUCUCUGGCCUUUUCCCACCCUUGCCCGAGGAAUCUUCUAAAACAUCAAAAUUCUCUUCCAUUGGUUCUCAAUUCAAGCAACAACUGCAAUCUCUGCUUGAGACUCUUAGUGCUACAGAACCACACUACAUUCGAUGUGUGAAGCCUAAUAAUCUUUUAAAGCCUGAUAUCUUUGAGAACUCUAAUGUUCUACAGCAACUUCGCUGUGGGGGGGUUAUGGAGGCAAUCAGAAUAAGUUGUGCUGGAUUUCCAACUCGGAAAACCUUUGAUGAAUUCAUAAAUCGUUUCAAAAUCCUUGAGCCAAGCAUCAUAAAUGGAAGCACUGAUGAGGUUGCUGCUUGCCGAAGGAUUUUGGGGAAUGUUGGUCUUCAAGGUUAUCAGAUUGGCAAAACGAAAGUAUUUCUAAGAGCAGGCCAGAUGGCAGAACUAGAUGCACAUCGGGGACAGGUGCUUGGGAGAUCUGCAUGCAUAAUCCAGAAAAAAGUCCGUUCACAUUUGGCACGCAAAUACUUCAUCUUGCUACGCAUGUCAGCUGUGGAAAUUCAGGCUAUGUCAAGAGGACAAGUUGCUCGCCAUAUUUACGAGCACAAGAGAAGAACAGCUGCUGCUUUGAAAAUUCAGAAUGAAUCACGUGCAUUUCUUGCUAGAAAAGCUUAUGCACUUCUGUGCUCUUCUGCAAUCCUCAUUCAAGCUGGACUAAGGGGUAUGGCUGCUUGUAAUGAACUCCAAUUGAGGAAGAAAACAAAAGCAGCUAUUGUCAUCCAGAGUCAUUUUCGAGGUCACUGGGCCUACUCUUGGUAUUUGAGGAUGAAGAGAGCAGCAGUUGUUGCUCAGUGUGCCUGCAGAGCAAGGAAGGCUCACACAGAAUUUAGAUUAAUUACAUUGGCUGCAAAAGAAACAGGAGCACUUCAAGAAGCCAAAAGCAAGCUUGAAAAGCAAGUUGAAGAGCUAACAUGGCAACUGGAGUUGGAGAAACGCAUGCGGGCUGACAUAGAGGAAGCUAAAAUUCAGGAAACUUCAAAAUUACAAUCUGCUAUGGAGAAAAUGCAAUUGGAAUUUCAAGAAACGAAGAAACAGCUGAUGAACGAACUUGAAGCUGCAAAGAAAGGAGCUGGGCAAGUUCCUGUUGUACAAGUUCCUGAAGGAGCUGGGCAAGUUCCUAUUGUACAAGAGUUGUCUGUUAUUGAUCAUGAUCUGAUUGAUAAACUAACAGCUGAAAAUGAGAAGCUGAAGAGUUUAGUAAGUUCUCUGGAAAAGAAAAUAGAUGAAACCGAGAAGAAGUAUGAAAAAACAAACAAGCUUAGUGAGGAUCGAUUAAAGCAGGCUCUAGAAUCAGAGUCGAAGAUUAUUCAAUUGAAGACUGCAAUGCAGAGGCUUGAAGAAAAACUAUCAGACAUAGAGACCGAGGACCAGGUUCUCCGGAAACAAGCUUUGCUGAAUGCUCCUUCGAGGAAAGUGUCUGGACGCUUUGGUCAGAUCCCUCAGGAAUCAUUAAGGGCGGCAUCUCUUAGAAGAUAUGGGAGUGUAUCUUACGACAACCUAAGGAGAUCCCAUAUUGAAAGGCAUCGUGAGAAUGUAGAUAGUCUACUUACUUGCAUAGGGCAACUUCUUGGGUUUAGUGAAGGAAAACCAAUUGCUGCAUUCACGAUUUACAAAUGCCUUGUUCAUUGGAGAUCCUUUGAAGCUGAAAGAACUAGCAUAUUUGAUCGGCUUAUUCAAAUCAUUGGAUCAGCAAUUGAGGAUGAGGCGAACAAUGACUACAUGGCUUACUGGCUCUCGAAUACAUCUACACUAUUGUUUUUACUUCAACAUACUUUAAAAGCUGGUUCUUCAAGUGCCAGCAAACCUCCCCAACCCACGUCAUUUUUCGGAAGGAUGGCACAAGGUUUUCGGUCAUCACCUUCUUCUAACAACCUUAGUGUUGCUGGAUUGGAUGGAAUACACCAGGUUGAUGCCAAAUAUCCAGCUUUGUUGUUUAAGCAACAACUAACUGCUUAUGUUGAGAAGAUUUACGGAAUCAUUCGAGAUAAUUCGAAGAAGGAAUUGUCAUCUCUUUUAUCUUCCUUUACCCAGGCACCCAAAACAUUGAGCACAGACUCUCCGCAUUCAUCUUAUGGAUCCUCCGAAGAAGGCUCUCCAAGUGGUAGUGUUACUGGACAUUGGGAAAGCAUUAUUGAGAGCCUAAAUCGGCUUCUGACUACAUUGAAAAAUAAUUUUGUUCCUCAAAUCCUUGUACAAAAUAUCUUCACUCAAAUUUUCUCUUAUAUGAACAUCCAGCUCUUCAAUAGCCUCCUUCUCCACAAAGAAUGUUGCACGUUUAACAAUGGUGAAUACAUAAAAGCAGGGUUAGAUAAAUUAGAAGUUUGGUGUGGACACGAGCAAGAGUGUGUAGGUCUAUCAUGGGAUGAACUGAAACAUGUACGCCAGGCUGUAGGACUUUUGGUCAUACAUCAAAAAACACGAAUAACCUAUGAUGAUCUGACUACUGAUCUUUGCCCAAUGCUAAGUGUUCAACAGCUUUAUAGAAUAUGUACUCUCUAUUGCGAUGAUAACUUUAAUACACCAAGUGUAGCUCCAGAAGUAAUAUCUAGCAUGAAGGUACUUAUGACAGACGAGUCGAAUGACACUGAUAGUAUUAUUUCGUAUUUGUUGGAUGACGAUCCAUGCAUACCCUUCUCAAUUGAUGACUUUAGCAGUUCCCUCAGGCAAUUAGAUUUCACAAAUGUGAAACCUGCGGUUGAACUUCUUGAAAACCCAGAUUUUGAGUUUUUGCAUGGAUAA